AUGUUUGUCCCAACGUUACUGCGCGCCUUCUUCGUUCUUGCUUCUGCAACUGCAAGUCCCGCUCUUGGCCUUCCAGACUUGCGAAGGGGUAGGAGUGGCUAACAGUGUGAAUCUGCAGAUCCUCUUCAUCCAAUCCAUCCCCCCCUUCCGCUCCCGCUUCCUGGUCUACGGAAAAGCCGCUACGCCCACCACCACCGCCAGGAACGCCAAAGAUGCCAAACCCACCACCUCCCCUCAAGACUCCAGAAACCCCAUAACAGCUCUCCUCGACCACCUCGCAACCUACACCGUCCCACACUCCUUCUUCACGCACUUCUACAUCCUAGCGCUAACCACGCUACUUCUCCUUGGUCAGCAAAUCUCCACUCACGGCCCGCUCUACACCCUUCUGCGUGACCUCCCAACCCCAGAAUGGGCCGCCGCUCCCGGCAGUCCCCGGCGCGUUGUGGGUGGGCAGUCGAUUCACCAGGUCGUGUUGACCUGGACUUGCUUGGUGUUGCAGACUGGGAGGAGAUUGUAUGAGUGCUUGUUUGUGCAGAGGAGGUCUGCAGUGGAGGGAGGGGGGGGGAGUCGGAUGUGGGUUGUGCAUUAUGCACUUGGGUUGGCGUUUUAUUUGGGUGUGGGUGUUGGGGGGUGGGUUGAGGGGACUGGUAUGUUUUCCCCCCGGCCGCUCUCUUUUCUUUCUUCCGCGUGGGCUACUGAUGGGAGUGGUGGUUAGAUGCGAUUGAUGCUUUUAAGUUUACACCUAUGAGUCUUUACUCCCUUAUCGGACCUCCUAGUGCAAGGUCCUUCAUUGGCGUUCUGUUCUUUAUUCUUGGCUCCGGGUUUCAGCACGAUUGUCAUGCCUACCUUGCCAGUCUCGAGAAGUAUACGCUUCCCGUGCAUCCGGCUUUCCGGAAGUUGGUCUGUCCGCAUUACUUUGCUGAGUGUCUUGUCUACCUUGGCCUCACGAUCAUGAGUGCUCCGAGGGUUGGUGGGCCAUUCAAUGUUACGAUGUUGACUGCGCUGAUCUUUGUCGGGGUUAAUCUUGGGGCCGCGAGCAUGUUGAAUAGGGAGUGGUAUAUUGGGAAGUUUGGGGAGAAGAGUAUGGAAGGUUUGUUCUCCCCACUUUUCUAGGCAUGGGGUGAGGUGAUUGUUGCUAAUGUUGAGUUUUCCCCCUCUAAUAGGCAGAUGGAACAUGAUACCCCUACUAUUUUAACUAGACUUUACUGGGACAGGGGAUUUCGUCUUCCAAUUAUUUAGGUAGCUACGUACUUGCCGUAAUUUCUGAUGUCAUAUUACCAAACUGCUCCAAGAAGAUGGCAGUAUCACGCCCUCACUUUCGUAGAAACCCACCUCCGACCUUCACCACCUUGAGCACAUCCCUAUAUGUCAAGCUAAUUCUGGUCCCUCUCUCACUCCUCCCACUCUUAAACCUUUCUUUAUCCCCCAGCAACUCCCAAUUCGCGAUGGUCUCGGGCCCCAAAUCAUCAUCAGCCAUAACCUCCGCAAUCCCAUGCAAAUACGAGGUAUACAUAUCCCCCGUGGUGACCAGUAGACUAAACAAGA